AUGUGUCUUACAUAUGACCAUACCGGCGACGAAACUCGUAUUGCAAGUGGAAUGCGCGACAGACGGGUUCAAGUAUGGGCAUUUGACUCCAAAGGACCGUUGAUACCGAUCUUCAGUGUUAAGCUGUCCACCACGAUCCCGCGCACUGUGCAAUUCAAACGAACGGCAAGUAGAAACCUGUUAGUAUUCGGGAUGUAUGACGGCGAAAUACAUACACUUCGAGGCUCAGAUGGUACUAUCAUUGGUACAAACAAGGCUGGACCUAUGAUCGGGCACGCUGCUGUGGAUGCCCCUCAGACACUAUUCCUAAUCGACAACGUGGUUAACGGGUUCAGCCUACAUCGUUUGGAAGAUGGAGCCUGCAUCCGUACCUACAAUACCAAUCCAGUGAAGACAUUCCCAAAACAGGUUGUUUUUGGGGACCGGGCUACCCUUGUUGUUGGAGGUAGCGACACAGGAACUAUUCGGAUUUUCGACAAGAAUGAUGGUGCCCUUAAGCAAGUAUUGCAACACGCAGACAGGGGUCCACAACACAGCCUGAUUUUUGGAGCAACAUCUACCAAUGACGCAGAACCAACCAUCUCCAUCUGGUGUCGCAAACGUGCGACAUCACCAAGCGACCAUCCUCUGGGGUCAGAGGUUAGGAAUUUCGUGCGGGGAAUAAUCCAGCUAGCUAUCGCAAUGGCAAUAAUAGCAUAUUUGAUUGAACAUUUGUCGGGGAUUACAUCGCUGGGAAAUGCCUGGCGAGAGUAUUCAAAAUUGGGGGCUCAAACGGCUGACCUAACAAAUACUAACAUCCGCUCCUUGGUAGAACAAUAUAUUGAGGCACUGAGGGGUGAAGAACUUGAGAGAGCGCAAAGCUCGGGAGCAGAUAGGAGACAUGAUGGACAAGCGAAGCUUGUAAAGCCACAAGAUAUGCUACAUGAGGUCAUUCUCCUCGGAAAUUGA